CGCUCACUCGAGACACCCUGUAAUUUGACCAAACACACCCUCCGCCUGUGACUCACGGAGCUCGGCUCGGCUCGGCUCAGCUCGGCACCGUCCACAGCGGAACAACAUGCAGGAUGUCGAGCAUGGAGACAGCCGCGGAACACGAGCGCAUCCUCCGGGAGAUAGAGAGCACAGACACCAACUGUAUCGGACCGACGCUCCGCUCGGUGUACGACGGUCAGGAACAUGGCCUCUUCAUGGAGAAGCUGGACGUGAGGAUCCGCAACCACGACCGGGAGAUCGAGAAGAUGUGUAACCACCACUUCCAGGGCUUCGUGGACUCCAUCACCGAGCUGCUCAAAGUCAGAGGAGAAGCUCAGAAGCUGAAGAGUCAGGUGACGGAGACUAACCGCCAUCUCCAGGAGGAUGGAAAACAGCUCAUCACCUCCAUGGAGGAGCUGAAGCAGUGUCGAGUUCAGCAGAGUAACAUCGCGACCACCAUCGACAAGCUGUCGCACUGUUUACCAGUUCUGGAAAUGUACAGUAGACUUCAGGAGCAGAUGAAGGCCAAAAGGUACUACCCGGCCCUGCGGACGCUGGAGCAGCUGGAGCACACGUGCCUCCCCAGAGCGGGUCAGUACCGCUUCUGCUCCAUCAUGGCGGAGAACAUCCCGGUGCUGAGGACGCAGAUCCGCGACACGGCCAUGACGCAGCUGCGCGACUUCCUGGAGAGCAUCCGGAAACACUCGGACAAGAUCGGAGAGACGGCCAUCAGACAGGCUCAGCUGCAGAGAUCUCUAGACAGCUCUGUGUCCACACAGCCCAGGCCUCUGAUUGGUCGACGCGGCAGGAAGGAGGCGGUGGCCUCUGUGGCGUCCACGGUGACAGGCGUGGACAGUGAUGGACACGGAGGAAGUCCAGUGUCUGAACAGGACUCUGGGAUUCUGGAUGUGGAAGAUGAGGAAGAGGAAGAAGUUCCAGGAGCUCAGGACCUGGUGGAUUUCUCUCCAGUUUAUAGUUGUCUUCAUAUCUACACUGUCCUGGGGUUGCGUGACGUGUUUGAGAACUACUACAGGAAGCAGAGGAGGAAACAGGCUCGUCUGGUUCUGCAGCCUCACUCUAACAUGCACGAGACUCUGGAAGGAUACAGGAGAUACUUCAAUCAGAUUGUCGGGUUCUUCGUGGUGGAGGAUCACGUUCUCCACACCACUCAGGGUUUGGUCAACAGAGCGUACGUGGAGGAGCUGUGGGAGCUGGCGCUGUCCAAGAUCGUCGCCGCUCUCAGGACGCACUCGUCGUACUGUGACGACCCGGACCUGGUGCUGGACCUGAAGAACCUCAUCGUCCUGUUCGCUGAUACACUACAGGGUUACGGUUUCCCGGUGUCACAGCUCUUUGACAUGCUGCUGGAGAUGAGGGACCAGUACGGCGAGAUCCUGCUGAAGAGGUGGAACAUCACCUUCAGGCAGGUGCUGGACCAGGACAACUUCAGUCCAAUCCCAGUGUCAACAGAGCACGAGUACAAACACUACACUUCCCAGUUUCCCCUGCAAGACCCCGAACUGGACAAGCUUCCGUUUCCAAAGAAGCUUCCUUUCUCUGAGUUUGUGCCAAAGGUCUACAGUCAGCUCAAGGAGUUCAUCUACGCCUGUCUGAAAUACUCUGAGGAUCUGCACCUCAGCUCCACUGAGGUGGACGACAUGAUCCGCAAGUCCACAAAUCUGCUGUUGACCAGAACCCUGAGCCACUGUCUGCAGUACGCCAUCAAGAAGAAGAACGUCGGACUGGCAGAGUUGGUGCAGGUGAUCAUUAACACCACCCACCUGGAGCAGAGCUGCCACUUCCUGGAGGAGUUCAUAUCAAACAUCACCAACGUUCCUCCUGACACCGUCAACGCCACCAAACUGUACGGAACGUCCACCUUCAAGGAUGCUCGUCACGCCGCAGAGGCGGAGAUCUACACCAGCCUCAACGCUAAGAUCGACCAGUUCCUGCAGCUGGCCGAUUACGAUUGGCUGGCCCCGGUGCAAGGGGGCGGAGCUCUGGAGGCCAGCGACUACCUGCUCGACCUGAUCGCGUUUCUGAACAGCACCUUCAGUGUCUUCACCAACCUACCUGGAACGACGUCGGAACACGCCACGUUACCGGGUAAGGUGGCACAGACGGCGUGCAUGUCGGCGUGUAAACACAUCUCCACGUCCCUGAUGCAGCUGCUCCUCGACCCCGAGGUCCGCCAGAUCUCCAUGGGAGCGCUGCACCAGCUCAACGCCGACGUCCAAGAGUGCGAAGGUUUUGCCAGAGCCGGCCCGGUCGCAGGCUUCCAGGGCGACACGUUGCUUCUGGCCUUCAGUGACUUGAGACAAUUACUGGAGUUGUUUACUCAGUGGGACUGGUCCACAUAUUUGGCAGAUUAUGGGAAAUCCUCGUGUAAAUAUCUGCGAGUGAAUCCUCACACAACGCUGACUCUGCUCGACAAGAUGAAGGAGACGAGCAGGAAGAACGUCGUCUUCGCUCAGUUCAGGAAGACGGACAGAGACAGACAGAGACUUAUCGACGCCGUCAUCAAGCAGCUGCGCGGCCUCAUCGCUCAGCACCACGCCUGACCGCCGCGUCUCACCUGGCCUUCACCACCAGGUGGUGCCAGAACUCCUCCUGAGUCCUGCUGGUUGAUCCAACUAACUCCUCCCACCAGGUGAAUUCUUCUCAACAAAAUCCCGAACAAACUGAGGCUAACGCUAAAGCUAACCGCAUCAAGUUAAAGUGUGAGUAGCGUCGCAUUUCAACUCGCGUUAAUUUAAUUUAAAUAAAAUGUCACCUCCGUCUUCCACGUCGCUCACGAUGACUCUGCACUUUUUGAAUGUACGACAGAAAGUUUUUUGGGUGGAUUUAUUUUCUAUUUCAUUUUUUAAGCACUGAACUCAGGAUCACGUGUGAAAGAGAUUAACGGAACGUCAUUUACUGGUUUUCCCCAACGUCGCGAUAAUGAGGUAUUUCAUACUUGUCAUGUUUUUAGUCUUAAAGUAAAAAAAAACUACAUAAAAUAGGCUUGUUUGUUGUUGUUGUUGUUAAAUAGAGAUGAAUGUUUUACUAAUGCCAAAAUACAAAGCAGCAUGUCUUCCAGGAACUUUAGUUAAAGCACAAAACGUCAUUUCACGCUCACUUUAGAUCAUUUUUGGAACUAAUUUGUGUCUUUUUCUGCUUUAUUGUUUCUUUUUUUAUUCUUGAACUUGGUGCAAUAACAGCAUUGGAAACUGCAGGAGUGUGGUGUGCGCUUUAUAAAGGGAAUCAGUCAGUGUUUGUUAAAGGGAUUUAAAGUCUUCCACAGAGACAAUUGUGUGUGUAAUCAACAUCCUUGAUGAUGAUGUUAUGAUUCUUGUUUUUCAUUUUUCUUUGGCUGUGUGUUAUUGUUCAGGUGUUAGUAAAGGGAACGAGGGUCGCUGGUAAAUGUGCCUUUGAUGUAUUUUCCUGCCAAUGAAGCAGCAACAACUGGUGUGUAGAGAAAAAAAUAAUCAAGUUCUGUUGAGUUAAAUGAUGUUUGAGGAACACGUUCACGUCUUUAAAUCACUGUCAGACUUUUCCAGGAGACUGAAGUUUGUACACCACUCACUCUCCCACACCAAACCUCAUAGGGAAAAUCUAGCAAACAGGAGUCGUUGAUCCACUGCUGCCUCCAUCACUACGUUCAAAUUAUUUUGUCAAUUUGGCUUUUAAAAUCCUACAUUUAGAUUUACCUCAAUGACACAAAGUGACAACACAAGCUAAAAUCAUCGAUUAUCUCUGUGGGAGAGUGACUGGUUUUACAAAACUUAACGGUGAGCUAGACGUGAAACAUGUUCUUGAGGUUGUAGACUUAGACUGAUGUAGAUUUUGUUAAGUGAGUGUUGCUGCAGAUUUGUUUGAUGUUUGUAAACACUGCUGUUGCAUUAAACCACUGAAUAUGAAACUGAAA